AUGUGGUCCAACUUCUUUGUCCAGCAGGAUGAGGAUGGACGCAUCGGGGUGGCCGGGGUUGGACAAGCUGGUGGUUUAGGGGGAAUGAAGGGUGUAAGAGGACAGAGACGGACCCACAAGAUGAGUGACAGUCAAGAGGGGAAGAUAAAGCUGGCCUUUUUUGUUGCCAUCGUUGGCGUUACCCUUACAGUGUUAGGCAUGGGGACAGAGUUUUGGGUGGAGCUGGCCCAACCCAAGAAUUUCAGUGGCAACCAGACCUGCCAGAUGGCCCAUUAUGGCCUGUGGAAGGGCUGCAUCCGCACCCUGUGGGUGGCUGACAUAGACCCGGAGAGGACAAGCUGCGGCCCAGCUGAACUACCUGGAGGUGAGACUUCUGGCUGCUGUGUGUCUGUGUGUGUUUGUGUUCAUCUGUCUGCCUGCUCUCUGUGCUGUCUGGGAGGUGAGCAGGUGAGCUUUCUUGAGGGGAUGGGUCUGUUUUGCUUCUCUUGUCUGCCUCUCUGCAAAAUACAUCACCUGUCCAUGCUAGACAGCUUUAGGGCUGCCGACAUACCGCAGAUCUUGCAGCGGUAUUAAAAUAAGCGUGAUAGAAGAGGGUCAAAAGGUUAAAUUUGAUAGGUUGCAAGUUGUUGAGUUAAACUCUUGAACAAUUAGUCAUCAUGUGAUUUUUCUUUGCUAUUACCACCGAUGUGAAAACAGAAGGAGCAGGCUUAACUAACAUGACAAAUAUCCCCCUCUGGGAAUAUGCAAACAUCUGUAGGUCUUUAAUCUAAGCUCAUAUGGGACUUUGGAAAGCCAUACAAACACUUCAUAUACAUAAAAAAAUCAUCCCCCUCACAAUCUUUAGAUAUUUGAUCAACAUAUAUGAUUUUUUAACGACAUUUAAAGCCAUUUUGCAUGUGUUUAUGUGCAUCCUGUAUUAUCUUGGAAAAGGAUCGAGAGAGGAUAGCUGUGUGUGUGUGUGUGUGUGUGUGUGUGUGUGUGUGUGUGUGUGUGUGUGUGUGUGUGUGUGUGUGUGUGUGUGUGUGUGUGUGUGUGUGUGUGUGUCCCUGCAUACAUAUGUAUCUAGGUCAUCCUACAGAUAAUGUGCAAAUUGAAUCAUUAAAGAAAUAGGAUGCUGUGAAUCGUGGCACGUGCUGCAGGAUCACAGUAAGUCUUUCUCAGUAUUUGUGCUUUUGUUACUGCACACAGUAGCAGGCAGGCUCUGCACAUGUUGCACCGAAAGACAUUAUCUUUGUAAAUCACUACAUUGUCAGCAUAAAGGAGCAUUCCACUUCAGUUUAAGGCUUGAUUCAUGACAUUGAAGUUAUUUUUUGCACACUGCACUUUUAUGCCUUUUGUUACUUUGAUCAUGCUGUGCAGUAUCACCGUUUACCGUACUCCAUGUUGUUUCAUUUGUAUGCUGUUGUAUUUAUAAGGACAACACUGACAUAAGCUCCAAUCAGCUGUGAAGUUUGUAUGUUUUUCUCCCAGGUUUUCUCUUAACUUUUUACCGACUCGUCCUCUGAUAUGCGCGCACAGUUCAGACAGGCAGUAAAGGGCAGAGCACAGUUAUAUUACAGUGAUGAAUAUGUAUGUUUAGAUUCCUGACUGCUCCAUUCGUAAAGCUCUUUAUUCAACUUGACCGCAGUGAGAGUCUCUAGAGAGUGUUGAUUAUCUGCACAAUGACCCAUUUCUGUCUGAAAGAGAGUGUAAAGAUGGAGAGUAGGCAGGUAUUGGAAGAGGGUAGGCUCAAGAGGGACUUCCUCAAGAAAUCACUGCUGGCGACUUAAAUACACCACAUAAGAAAAUAAUCAUUUAAACACAGUUUUUUUUCCACCCAAGCAUCCAGCACUAAUUCAUCUCCCUGUCAUAGCAGUAUCAAUCUGUGCCUUCGGGAUGGUUUUGUUGGUGUGUGAGAGCAGCCAGUAUGCUUUUGAUAAUCUUCCCUCGCUCGUCCUCUCACUGUUGGCCCACGCCGCCUGUCGCAGAUGGCCGUGGGCUCGUCAUGUUCGGAGAAAAACGACUGUUUUUGCCAUCUCUGUGUCUCUGUUAUCACAUCCCUGUUUACUCGCCUCUGGCUCCCGUCCCAAACUAAAACGCUGCCCGCUGCUGAUGCUGGCCGCGCUGUCAUCUCAAGACCAGUGAUCCAUCUUCUGCGUCUGCUAGAGAGGAACAUGACAGCUCAAUGAUUGUAACCUCGGCAGGGACAGCGAGAGUGAAAAAAAAAAAAAAAACUGGGAUAGCAUAAUGUGUUAAAAGGAUUAGUAGGCUGAUGAAUGAUGUGUUUGCUCCAAAAAAAAUCAUGUUUGCAAAUUCACUCAGACACAAACAUAUUUGUGUGCGAGGUUGUGUGAGCGUGCAGGCCGUCUUGGACCACAAAACAUUCAGUGGGUGAGAGUCAUCACUAUGCGCCUGUGAAGCCGAGUGGAAUCUGACUACUUCACAGUUUUUGUCUAAAUAUAGAGAGAGGAGGGGGACAGACAGGGACCUAGGGAGAGUGUGUGUCUAAUGCAGUAUUAACCAAGCCCUCUGUGUUUCUUCCCCCCUUUGACAUCUCCUGCUCCCCUCACCUCCUUCUCCAUCUGUGUCUCUCUUCCCCUUCACUUGCUACCCCUCCAUCUGCCCCUGACUUACCCCAUCUUUCCCCCCUCCCUCUCUCAUCCUUUGAGAUUCAUUUCAUAUUCCCUGCAUCCCCCUUCAUCAUCCCCUCACCCCACAUAUCCUCCAUCUUCGUCAUCUUCUUCCUCUGUUUUUAUUCCCCAUCUGCCCCUUCUCCCCUGACAUCCACCUUUAGUGAAUUGCCAUCUCUCACCCUCUCUGAAAGCACCAUAUGCGCAGUAUGCUGGGCAGUGCGGUGUGUGUGUGUGUGUGUGUGUGUGUGUGUGUGUGUGUGUGUGUGUGUGUGUGUGUGUGUGUGUGUGUGUGUGUGUGUGUGUGUGUGUAUUCCAGCUAAUGCUCAACACUUGGAUAUAAAUAGGAAUGAUGCCUGGAAGGACAGGGUGCAUGGAUGCAUAGGAGGCGCUUUGCAGGAGGCCAGCAGACAUCCAUAGGAGUGUAUUUUUCUGCAAGUGUGCGUUCACAUGUGUGUGUCUGAUCUCUCUCUCUCUUUGUCUUUAUUCUCAGAUUCCAACUGCACCUAUUUCAAAUUCUUCACCUCCGGGGAGAACGCAGUCAUAUUUAAGAAGACAACGAAUAAAAGUGAGACAUUACACUGCCCCCUUCAACGCAGAGAUACACAUCCACAGUUACACUAUAGCUUUCAUCAAUUUAGACGUUCACUGGGAGCUCAGAGGACCACACUUUUGCUGCUGCUGGUUUUUGCAUGUUUCAGCCCAUUAACUUCCACUGACACCCCCUUUUUUUAGAGUAAAUCAUCCACUAUCAGACUGAUGAAUGUGUUUACUUCAUUGCCAAGUGCAGUUUGAAGUUUAGCUGGCUGAGCAAAUACAACUUUACUUUUUAGUUGAAAGUUUCAAACAGUUAGUUCAGACAUUUAGUACAAAGGAGUUGCAAGAAAGAAUUGCAAUUGUAAGACAAACAGCGAGAAAACGGUGGUAGAAGAUAUGUGUAAAGGAGCCCUAUUAGACUAAUUUUCACUUUUUAUUAUGUCCUGCAAAUAUUUUUAUUGUUUGCAGGAUGUGUAGCUCAAAAAGGCCUCAUCUAUUUCAUACAUGGCACCCAUGAAAAUCCUCAUUUCAGCACUUUUCCACUGAUAUGAGGUCAAAAGCAGCUUGUGGGGGUUACGUUUUCAACAGCUUUGUAGCCACAAACUGACCCAAAAGUUAUGCCAUUACAGAAAACCUUUGAGGCAAGCUGUUAGCUCUCAUUUAGCUCAAUAUUUCGCUAUGUUUUCAAAUGUUUGCUAUUGUUACAUUAGAUGCCGACAUAAUGUUAUUUAUAUUGUGGUUCUGAGUCUUUUCAGCAGGUCAUUAUAGAUUGAAGAGCUUUAGAAACAUAUGAAAUGCAAACCAUCUGUAAUAAAUAGCUGUGACUUUCCUUAAAAACCAAAAGAACAGUGAUGAACAAUUUUCUGAGACAUCUUGAAUCAACUACGUGCAGCAUUGAGGAAAAAGGCAAGCGGUGAAAGAGACUUUUCAGCGUCUCAUUGAGCAAAUCUUUGACAAAGCUACUGGGUGGGCUUGUCCUUUUCCAUUGUUCUAAAAAUACCACAAAAUCUGAUGACAGGUUGGGGCCAUUCUUGGAAAUGAGCUGCUCGGAUUACAUGGAAAGCAGGGGUUAUGUCCCUAUGUUAUUAAAACUUUGCUGAGGUUUAGGGUGGAUAUCCAACAUUGUUGCGUCAUACACAAUAUAUGAGUAAAUGUAAGUUAGCCUGACAAGCAGUGUAGUUGAUGGACAUUGGUAAUGUCCAAUUGUGGGAUAGUCAACCACUUCAGUCAACAUUUGCAAAUUCAACUGUAUUAGAUAGGAAUUGGUAACUUUCACAUUUAUACUGAUACGGCACUGAUGCCUGGUACCUGGGAAUUGGUACAGGCCAUACUUUCGAGCACUUUCUAUCAGCCAUGCUUGCUUUGUUAACUGAACCCGCCGCUACUGAAGUCAUUAUGGUCUUGUGUGUGCAAUGCUGUGUUCAUGUCUGGCAUGGAAAAUCACAUACUCCUCUAAUCCCUCACAGUCACAAGGAUGUGUUUAGGUACUGAAACAUGGUGCCAUUUGAUUUUAUGUAAAAACGGUACUCCAUAGUGCCAACAGAAUUCGUUGAGUACCCAUAACAGUACCAAAUUCUUAGACAUUGAUAGAUUUUUACUGUCAUUUAGUAUGCUGCAGGUGUGUACAGAACAAAACUUGGUUUACAGAUUUAGUAAACUGAGACCACCCAUCCCUAGUACACGACAUUAGCUAUUUAUUAAUGUGUACAGCAAGCCUACAUCUCCACCCAUAAAUAGAAGAGCAUUGAAAAACCUGCCUUGAUGUGCAUUGAUAUGAUAUACUGGUGAAGCUGACAGCAUACACAAGAGCUGGUUGGCUGGCCACGCCACAGAACUAACAAAACAGCACUUUUCAUUCAGCUUGUAUGUAAUGUUAAGGAUCCCUCAGGAUGGUACCAUGUUGAUUUUAAUUGGACACACCAUAGCAGUUUCAAUGAUUCACAUGUGACUGUUUGUUGUGUUUUGCGUCACCGUUCCCCUUCCACUCUGCUAAUCUGGUAUAGAACAAUGCAGGAACCACAGCUGUCAAUCCUCUUUAAACAUCAGAUAAAUUACUAAAACAAUCAUUUCUAACUGUUUUGAUAGAGGAGGCGGGUUUUCAAAUGUUUUGGCUUCACUCAGGAUAGCUGUUGUGCUGUUCUUGCUGUUAUACAGUCUCUAGUGUUGGAUAAAUUGCUUUAGAUAUUCAGAUAUACAGAUAUUCAUGAUUCUUAUACACAUAGAUGGAUGAUGUGCCCCUACAUAUCUCCUCUGGUUGUACAAAAGGAAGACAGAAUGACUACACAGUUUUUCAGUCUAUUUUAGCUAGCAUACUAUAUCACUAAUCUAACAUUAUCAUGGUUUCAUUACAUCGCUUUAAAAUAGUGUCACUGUCAGUACAUCAGCAUAUGUGUUUUCAGAACUCAACCAAGCUGCUGCAUGGCUUCUGCUCAUCAGUUUUGUUUUCCAUCUUUGUUGUAAAUGUGAAACUACAUGAACAAAAUUACACAACUUUUAACACUUACAUGGUCUCUUCUUUGAGGACUGAGUCAUAUCAGGGGGUUUAACUCUGCAGGUUUGUUUAAAACAUCUGAUGGAGACACACUAACCCAAAUAUCUACAAUGCAGGAUGAUGAAAAAGCAUGAAAGAGGGUAGCUGGACAAAAAUAAAAUACCUGAUAGCCUUUUGUGUGUGUGUGUCUGGGUUGUCUCACCGUUUUUUGGCACCCACUCCCCUCUGUAACAAAAGCCAUCCUGAAAGGCCGUAUUUGUUGUAUUUUAAUGAAUGAAUGAUAAUUUCUGUGUGAUGGAGAAUCAAACAAACACAAAGCUGGCACGUACUGCUGUAAAACAUUUAUUAGAUUUCUGGGGUGCACCUGCUCAGGUUCGCAGUGCCAGAAACUCUGUUUUAAAGGGAGCCAAUGUGGGAAGUGACACUAUUCAGACUGGGUCUGAACUUUCCCACAGUAACUGAUUAUAAUCACAGAACAACCUUGUGAGUCAAACUUUCUCUGAUUCUACCAAAGGCCCAUCUCAUCUCUGGUAAAUUUCUCUUGGACAGGAAAUGACAAAAAUGUAACUAUAACUACACAGUUUCUGAACAUAUAAAUCAGAUAGUUACACUGUUUAACUUUCUUUCUGCUUCCUUUCACAGAUCUGAAUCUAGCAGCAGCUAUCUUGGCCCUUUUAAGUCUGACUCUGAUGGUAAUGGGCUCUAUCUGCAUCGCCAUGUCACUCAGCAAAGGAGUGCCAUUUUUCCUCAAACCAGCCUCCUUCUGCUUCAUCCUUUCAGGUUCCCCCUCACUUUGCUGUGCUACAAAUUCACAAAACAUAGUUGGAUGGAUUGCACGUUUUGCUUUUUGGCUUUUAAUUCUCCUCUGUGUCUGUGCAGGUGUGCUGGUCCUCCUCUCCGUCCUGGUUUUCCAUCAGUCCGUGUUGGCCCUGCUGUCCAGUGAUCACUCUGUUCCUCUUCAUCACGAGAUGUCCUGGUCUGUGGCCUGUGUGGGCUCGGCAGGGGGGAUACUUAUUCUAGGAGGUUUCCUCUUUAUUCUCCUCUCCCUUCCUUUCAGCCCUUGGCAGAAAUGCUUUCCACACAAGAAUAGCGCCACCUAGCACACAAUUACUAAAAUGUAGAUACAGUAUUGUUAAUGUCGUGUUCGGGAGCAAGUACAUUAGUCCAUAUCCUGAGGGCUGUGAUACAACUUGCAACAACAAGGUCUUAAUGUUUGAACAGAAGCCAACAAAUUCUCUUGUCAGGCCUCUGAAAUAUGUUUUUGUUCCUGAAUUUUUUUUUGUGUGUGUUUUUUUAGUCGAAGUAGAGAUAAGGAGCGACAGUGAUAUUGAUUUUUGAGCUCUCUGUUGUGUCAACUUAUACAUGUCCCAUAAAGCCUUGCUAGCCUGCUGCACAGCCACCCCAAAGUCUAGUCUUUCUGUUAAGAAAGUAACCUAGAGACUUUUGAAUAGGACAUUUGUACUGCCCAGUUCUGCCAUAAAAAGCUUUGAAAAGUUGAAAUUUAUAAUGAAUAUUUUGUUUAUCUAUGACUUCAAGAACUUUAUUAGAAACUGUCCUUAAAUCUGAACGGCAAGAUGGCACAAUUUUUCAAUGAAAUUAUUAAUCAGAAAUGUUCGAUAUGAUAUGAUAUAACCAAGGAAUACUGUUAACUUGGGUAAACGUUAAAAAAAAA